CAAGGGCCGCAGUCAGUCACUCGGUGGCAACAGUUCUGAUGAGAUUGUUUAUUGUGCUCAGCGUUUGUGUGGCGCUCGCCUCGGCGGGUUACGGCGGUGGUGGAGGCGGUGCCAGUUCCUCGGCCACCGCAUCCGCUUCGGCCAGCUCGAGUGCCGAUGCCGGCGGUAAAUAUGGCGGAGGCGGUGGCCUAGGCGGCGGUGGCGGAUUAGGACUGGGUCUUGGAGGCGCUCUCGGCGGAGGCGGCGGUCUUGAUCUAGGACUUGGUGGCGGUCUUGGCGGUGGACUUGGCGGCGGUCUCGGUGGCGGCAAAGGUGGCGGCGGUCCAUUUGGCAGCGGCGGCGGUGGCGGUGCUGGUGGCCAUGGAGGUGGCGGUUUCGCUGGCGGUUCAGCUGGAAGCGGCAGCUUCGGUGGCGGCUCAGCUGGCGCUGGCGGCCAUAGCGGCGGCGGCGGCUUAGUUGGCGGUGGCGGCGGAGCUGAAGGCGGUCCAUUUGGCGGCGGCGGCGGCGUUGGUCAUGGAGGCGGUGGCAACGGACUUGGCGGUGGCGGCUUUGGUGGCGGCUCAGCUGGAGGCGGCGGCUUUGCUGGCGGCUCAGCUGGAAGCGGUAGCUAUGGCGGUGGUUCAGCUGGCGGCGGUGGCUUAGGAGGUGGUCAAGGAGGCGGCGCUGGACUAGGAGGUGGCCAUGGAGGCGGCGGUGGACUAGGAGGCGGCCAUGGAGGCAGCGGUGGACUAGGAGGUGGUCUAGGCGGUGGUCUAGGAGGAGGCCUAGGAGGAGGUCUUGGAGGCGGCAGCGGCAGUGGCAGCUACGGUGGCGGUUCCGCAGGAGGCGGCAGCUUUGGAGGCGGUAGCUUUGGCGGCGGCUCAGCUGGAGGCGGUGGUCUUGGAAGCGGCGGUCAUGGAGGUGGCGGCCAUGGAGGCGGUGGCCAUGGAGGUGGCGGCUUCGGCAGUGGCGGCGGCGGCUUUGGCGGCGGUGGCUUUGGCGGUGGCGGCUUUGGAGGUGGUCCAGGUGGCGGCUUUGGCGGAGGACCAGGCGGAGGCUUUGGCGGUGGUCCAGGCGGUGGCUUCGGAGGCGGCGGCAAACAUGGCGGCGGUGGCUACGGAGGCGGUGGCAAGCAUGGCGGCGGAGGCAGCGGAGGCGGUGGCUUUGGAGGUGGCGGUCAUGGUGGUGGCGGCUACGGCGGCGGUGGCUAUGGUAAAAGUAGUGCCAGUUCCUCAGCAUCCGCAACGGCUUCUGCAGGUGGCUAUGGCCGUUAGAUUUAAGUGCUCAAUUCUCAAUAGUUUGUUAAUGAAACAAAAGAGUAUUCCCAAGUCCAUAAGACACAAUUCAAUAAAAAGAAAACGACUUUUUGUACAAUAAUAAACCAAAGCUGUGAUCAUCA